GCAGAGAACGAAUCCUGCGAAACUGAUGAAGCAAGUACUGAUGUUGAACUAUAUAUUUGGCUACUGAGACCAGGGCUUGGAUGUUUUUUGAGACAUCGCCGGCCUUCAUUUCAUAAGUCACCACCCGCGAUAAUGAACUUAUCAACCCACAAAUCACCCUCGCAACCGGACUGCGUGGAGACUGGCACAGGUGACACAUCCGUCACGUUUAAUCCGGAUAUCCUUAAGCGUUUCAAGUUUAAAACCGAUUUCAUCCUUCUACCGAUCUUGAGUUUUGCUUAUCUGCUCAACUCUCUAGAUCGUAGCAACCUGUCCAAUGCCUAUACGGCCGGGCUCUCGGCCGACCUGGGCCUAACCGGAAAUCAAUAUAACCAGAUCCUCACCUACUAUCAAAUUCCAUUCAUUGUUCUCGGUCCCGUGACUACAAUGCUUACGAAAAAGCUCGGGGCACGCUGGACUAUUCCGGGCAUGCUGCUUAUUUUCGGAGCUGCUUCCCUGGCCAGUGGCUUUGUGAAGGACUUUGAAAGCAUGGUCAUCUGUCGCGUCUUUGUCGGUGCUUUCGAAGCGGGCUUCCUCGCAUCGGUUCUAUACUAUCUGUCGAUUUGGUACACACGCAAAGAACUAGCCAGCCGCAUUGGCAUCUUCUACGCGGCAUUGACGGCAUCCUCUGCUUUCGGUGGCCUUUUCGCCUACGGCAUGUUCCAGAUUAAAAACGAUAUGUACUUCCGCUGGUCGUAUCUCUUCUUUCUGGAAGGGGGGUUAACAAUGGCAUGGGCCAUCUUCAUGUUCUUUGUUCUUCCCUCGGACACACAGAGAGCCUGGUUUCUGACCCAGGCGGAGAAGGAGGUGGCUCGCCUGCGUCUCGAGCAGGAUUCUGUCACCACUCUCAACGCCAAAUUCAGCUGGAGGGAAUCCCUGAGCGAAUUCUCCACGCCUCACGGGUAUAUUCGUAUAUGUCUAUCGUUUGUCGGUGGUACUAUCCUCACAUCGAAUGCCAAUUUCUUGGUUAUUGUCGUGGAACGACUUGGCUAUGAUGUCGUCAAGACUAACUUAUACACGGUAGCGCCAGCCCUUGUUGGAGCGGUAUUUUUGAUUGCCUUUUGUAAAUCCUCCGAUUAUUUCCGCGAACGUGGAUUUCACCAGUCCGCGUCGUCCGUGUUCAGCUUGGUGGGUUAUAUUCUUCUAGCCACCAUCAGUAGCUCCAACAUACACAUUUUAUAUUUUGCCAUGUUUUUGUGUACCAUGGGCGCCUAUCCUUCGACGCCCAUCGGUGCAGCCUGGACCAUAGCCAAUAUUCCUAACCUCAAUGCUCGAGCACUGACAAGUGGGCUUUUUGUUUCUUUUGGAAACUGCGGGGGAUUGUUAUCCAGCAAUGUCUACCUUGCUCGAGAGGCACCGCGAUACAUCACCAGCUUGACGGUUAAUAUUAUCAUGAGUUCGAUCUUAGUUGUCGCUAGCUCAGCGUAUACAUUGUGGAUGAGAUGGGAGAAUCGUCGCCGGGAUCAGAGGAAUGGGCCAGGGAAUUUGUCGACCGAAGGUAUCACAAGCAGCUGUGAUCCACGAUUCAGGUUCGAGACGUGA